AUGUCCAGCUCCAGAUCUCGCGCUCCCAGCCCGUCAACCUUACCUGGCGAAGCCGGCCUCUCAUUGCCACCCACCCCACACAGCGUCACAUCCGACUGGACGCCCUUGGCUGGCAAAGAGAACGCCGAGCGGGAAAAUCUGCGUCGUUCAGACGACGACAACGAACUCCACGCUGACAAAGCGGAAGGGUUCGUCCUCGGGCCCGUGCCCGUCGAGGACUUCCUCGACUUUCUCCCUGCGAAGCACGCGGCGCGCAGGCCGUCGACGAGCCUGAUGUGGCCUCCCGGUUGGGCAGCUCUAGCUAUCGGGUCGGACAACGAGGCAGCCGCGAAGUACGCCGGGGAACUUUUUAUCGACGUGCAGAGCAGCGACCACGACGAGUUCUUCCGCGACCCGAAGCCUUCCGCCGACCGCGCGCGGCACAAGUUCGUCCUCUCGCAGCCCGACACAGAGAAGACGAAUCGCAUGAAGGCGCGGCAGGCGAUGGGGCGGACCGUCCGCUGGGCCACCAAUGCACCGAUGCACCAACACCGGGCGCACUACUUCUCGGUGUCGGUCGACGGGCUGCGCGCGCGCCUGCUGCGCUGGGACAUGAGCGGCGUGGUCGCGUCGGAGUCGUUCGGCCUCCGGGAGAAGCCCGAAGUGCUGUGCGAGUUCCUGUGGAGGUUCUCGCACGCGUCCACGGUCGAUCGCGGGUACGACCCGACGGUGGAGCGCGCGUCGGGCGGCGAGGAGCGUCUGUUCCGCCAGCUGGUUUCGUGCCACGUUCGGGAACAGCUCGACCUAAAGCUGGUGGACGUUCCGGGGGGUGAGGUCAAGGACAAGGUGCGGGCGGAGUACGAGGCGCAGCGUGCGCUCCUUGAGAAGACCGUGGCGCUGCAUUACGAGGCGGGGCGCGUCGCGGCGCUGACCGUCUGUGCGGAGGACGGGAGGCUCAAGCGGUGUCUCGUGUCGAGGCCGAUCGCUACGAACUUCUCGAUGAGGCAGGGCGCGAUGCGCGGAUACUGGGCGGUGAUGGACGGCAGAGUCGGUUUCUUGAAGGAUACCUGGCGGCAGUACAUCCUUGAGCCCGAAGGCCGGAUACUGAAGGAGCUGGAGGCACAUGUGGUGAAGAACGUCCCGCAUGUGGAACACGACGGAGAUGUUCCGAAGGUGAUGUACUCCGACGGGAUGCUCACGCGGUUCUCGGCCAUGGCGAAUUUCGAGAGGACGACUCGGAGCAAGGCGGGCCAACAACAACCGUUUGGCUUCCCGCUUCAGACGCUGCAAGGCACGAAAGAGCUGCUCAACGCGGCACACGACGCGUUCCAAGCGCUCAUUGCUGCGCACGCAAAGGCACGGCGGAUCCAUCGAGACAUCAGCGCGGGCAACAUUAUGCUGUACCGGAAGCCGUACCAAGACCACUGGACAGGCUACCUGAUCGACUGGGAGCUCUCGUCGAAGGUACAGGAGGACGGGCAGGCGACGGACAAGUACAUCGUGGGCACGCGCAUGUUCCUGUCGCAGCGUCUCGAGGUGCGAAGCCAGCGGAGGCACAUGUUACAGGAUGACAUGGAGGCACUCCUGUAUGUCGUCGCGUACUGUGGCCUCCACUGGCUCCAGCAUCCUGCGCACUGCAAGGACACGAAGCAGGUCGUUCAGGCCCUGCUCCACAACCGCCGGGAGGUCCGCGUGGGGGACGUACCUGAGGUAACGCACACGACGUUCCAGACGAUGGAGCCGGGAACAGGCCAGCUGGACGUCAAGGAGAAUCGGACGUAUAUCGACGCGGCGAACUUCAACGCGGAUCUCAGGGAUUGGCUGUCGCGCUCGAUGGACUCGAAUCACCCGCGGGAUCCCAAUGAGGCGACGCAGUGGGACACGCCGGAGCGGUGGAACGACUACUGGACGGAGUUCUUGGGGCGUCAACUGCCGGAGGAUGACAGGAUCCGCAAGCAGGAUAGCUCGUCGAUGAGGCCCAAGUCGGCAGUGAAGGCGAUUUCUCACUGUGCCGGAUCCAUCCCAACAAACGGAAGGCACCGCAACGCCGAGGACGGACGGACGGACGACGGACGGACGAACGGCGUACUAGGGAACGGCAAGCCAAUUAAACGGCUUAAGAGAGCCGCGGGAUAG